GGAAUUUGUGUCCACUUUUAGACUGUCCUAACCAAUCUGUUGUUACUUAGAUCUUCCAGCGCCUCUCAUUAAGGAUCUUCUUCCGCACCUCACUAUAUGUCAGUUGGAUGAGCUCCAGCCCACCCUAAAUCAGAGAGGGAUAUCAACUCGCUCUGGAUGGGUUGGAAUACUGCAGGAUAUGUGUGGACCUAACCAUGUCAUAGACUUGCACACAGAAGAGGAGGCCAAACACGAAGUUAUGAGAAUGCUUUUUACUAUUGUAUUCUAUGGCUUCACAAACAACUUCGUCAAACGAAACAUCACAAAUUUAAACACGCCAUCAUUCCUGUGGGCCGCAGCGAAAUGUAUCAGACAUUUUUUACUCACUACGAGCUUGCAUAAGCCCCUUCAGAGUUUGACUGCUGAGCAGCGGCCCCUUCUGAACCUCUUAGAGAAGCGUAUCAGGAGUGUUGGUGUAUCACAGUCCAUUGAUCUAUCAAAGAGGAAAACACAGACUGCGCUGUAUGUCCUCCAUCGCCUACUAGACCACGGCGUGGCUAAAGAACUUGUCGUACAUGUGCAGUGUCCCGUUGUGCUGGCCUGGCUCCUACAUGGAAGGGGAUCUCAGUAUGUAAACCCAGAGCUGAAGAAUGUAAUGGGCAGCAAAAAGGCAAACUGUGUUUCUAAAGCGGCUUCAGCCAGUGCAGACGAGGCCAGUUGCAGUUCAGGUGUUGAGACCAGGACUUCAGAAGAUCAGGAUGAUGAAGUCACUCCAUGCAAACAGUUAAAGUUGGAUUCUGUGGCUGUGAAGGGGGAGGAGUCUGGAAAAGCAAAGCUGACUGUGGACCCGCACAUUCUCUGUCAGAAAUUUACUCCAUGUGAUGGUCCCUUAGUGGGGGCUUGUCCAUGGGGACAGAUCCAUUGUCUGGAGAUCAGGCAGUGUGGGUCCGACUCCCUUAGAGUGCUGAACUCUGCCCUGCCUACAUUUUUCUGCCUUCGCUCUCUAACACUGCACAGCUUUUUGAUCUUCAGGGACUCGGAUGUGUUGGCCUGUCCAGGACCCUGAAGCAGCUCUCUGAGGAGCUCCCACAGCUCCCCACAGAUCUGAUGGCAUC